CGCGUCUCAAGCUACCUGUAUUAUUCCACCUUCUCAAGGAAUAUACCUCGCAAUUCGGACGAGAGUAGGCCUACCCAAACUUCCAUGUACAACUCGAAGCUCAUACGCCCGCAGCCAUCAACAUGUCUUCGCCUCCCGCACUGCCCAACCUCGCCCAUCCACACCAUCGGUCGCUCAUGGACCGUGUACCCACGGAGGUCCUGGAGGACAUACUUCUCCGCGCAUGCGCCGACAUACCGCUGACUCUGCCCCCUUCGGAUUGCCACGGCUCUGCGUAUCCGGCGCCCCCGUUUGCUGCACUAGCCCUCAGUUGGGUGUGUCGGCGGUGGAAAGCCAUCACGCUCGCCAAGGAGGAAUUCUGGACGCCGCCCGUCAUCGAGAUCGUCCUCUCCGCCUACGAGUCAAAGUACCGCGACCCCAUGGCUGAUCCCGAGCAGGAUAUCUGGGACGGCGAGGCGAAGGUCCGCGAGCGCCUCGACAAGCACGCGCGGUCGGUCGCGAAAGCAGUGGCCGUCCUCCGCUGCUACCUCGAGCGCUCCAAGUCGACGCCGCUGCCGUACGUCAAGCUCUGCUGCCCCAUGAACGACGAGGCGCGGUCGACUUGGGAGACCAGCGUCGGCGACAUCGUGCGCGUGCUGGCGCCGACUCUCCCGCGCUGGAAGCGCUGCCUGCUGCCGCCCGUCUUGGCGAACAAUCUGGCUGCGCUCGCACAGGGCGCUCAACCUCUCCUCAUCGAGCGUGUCGAAAUCGGAUACACCAUGCACGAGUUCCUUCACGUCUACUGCGAUGUCUUCGCGCACGCACCCCGCCUCCGCUCGUACGAGGGCCCCAUCGACCCCGGCGUCGUCCUCCCCUGGGCGCAGCUCACCGACCUCACCGUCACCACGUUCGCGCGCAUCUCGGACGUGCUCGUCGUCAUGCGGCGCUGUCUGAGCCUCGUCGCCCUCAGCGUCUGCGCCUGCGAGGACGAGCGCUUCAUGCCGCCCGUCCGGCUCGAUGUCCCGCUGCCGCACCUGCGCGUCCUGCGCGCGUACAUCACGAAGGGGCCGGUGCUGUCGCGCAUCUUCUCGUGCAUUACUGCGCCCGAGCUGCAGGAGCUAGAGGUCGUUGGGAAAGGCGCCACCGCGCCCUUCGCCCACCUGCACGAUGCGGCGGGCAGCGUGAACAUGCACUGGCCAAAGGACGCCUUCGCGGAGAUGCUGCGCCGGUCGGAGUCGCAGGCCAUGAUUGGGUCCAAGCAGUACACCAUCCGCAUACUGCGCCUCAAACACCUCUACCUCCCAAAAUCGCACAUCCCCGCCCUCCUCGAGCAGCUCCCCCACCUGCACGAGCUCGUGCUCUGGAAGACGUGCUAUCUGGAGAUACGGGCCAGUGAGAAGAGUCGACGUGGUAGCGGGGAGAGCCACCGAUCUGAAAAACGGGAGAAGAAUCACCAUGUGCUGGCACUCGACAACACCACUAGUUAACUUGGCCUGCCGGCAUGUACGAGACCUGCGAGUGCGCGGCCAGCUGCAUUUCAGAUAAUGUCGAGUUCGGAAGAAGCUGUCCGUGCGCAUUUAUCCACAUAUGGU